AUGGCUGGCACGGAGAAGCUCGCAAAGUCGAAGCUGUGGCCAUAUUACAAUCUCCAUGAUGUGCCCGAAGGCAAGAUUGUUCUUAGGAUCAUGGAACAUGAUGACUUCCCCGUAGCUCAAGCAGUCGAGGAAAUUGUCGCCCUGACCCAUGCAGCAGCACGGUCCGCAGCCCAGGAUGAUCCUGUCUGGGUGCACGCCUCUCGUGUCGCAGAUGCAAUUCAUAUGCUCUCCAUGCACACCAAACACAAUGAGCAAUCCAAGCUUCUGGAAUUUGUCCUCUCUCUUGAGCAGGUUACUAUACGCGAUCCUCAGACCGGAGACAUGUUCAAGCUUGACAAGGCGUGUUUCUGGACAGAUAUGCCUGAACUAAGUAUGACUCAGGCUGAAUAUUUCGAGUCUCACUCAUCGACUGAAGAUAGCGGCGAUACCGUGGAGUAUCAUGAAAACGCUCUAGCCUUCUUCGCCCAGCUAUCAGAGGCCGGAUUCCUAGGCUAUAAAGAAAGCAUCGGCCGUGAUUAUAACGAUUUAAUGCGGCUCAUUGACAAAAAGGGCCACCUUUCGAAGCUAGAAGUACGAGUGAUGUGCAUGUGGUUCAUCUAUGCACCUGAGAAGGUCUGGCUGGAUGUUCAGCUACGCCGGGAUUAUCGGGGUAGCCAUUUUCCUGCAGACUCAUGGCUUAAGUGGAAGCAGUUCUUCCAAGCGUGCCAGUCUGCGCCUGGGGAAGAAGUCAAAGACGAAGAUACACAGCAGCUUAUAAAGCAAGCGUUGGAAAACAUGGAAAAAGUGGGAGCAAAGGAGGAUCUUGAGUUGUCCUCUGAGUAG